CUUUUGUGGGUCGAAGAUUCCACGACCGUCCAGAAGAUAAAAUGACCAGCGCCGAAAUCUCACGCUACCUUUGCUCCUUUCUCCGUAGACAUGGGCGCAGUACAAUCAUUCAUCACCCAGACCUGGCCGCCCCAGUCCAAGUUCUCCAUCGACCAAAUCCCUGACCUGUCUGGAAAAGUUGUUAUCAUUACUGGAGGAAACACGGGCCUGGGAUACGAAACUGCGAAGGCGCUUCUGCCUCGCAAUGCUCGGGUCUACAUUGCUUGCCGCAACGCUGAGAGGGCUAGCGAAGCUAUAGAGAAGCUCCGUGAAGCUACCGAGAAGGACGCUAUCUUUUUGCCUCUGAAUUUGGCGAGCCUCAAGUCCAUCCGUGUGGCUGCAGAGCAAUUUCUGAGCAAAGAAAAGGAAUUGAACAUCCUCUUCAACAAUGCUGGUGUCAUGGAACCCAGCAUUGACGAACUGACGGAGGAAGGCUACGAUUUGACCGUUGGCGUCAAUGUCAUCGGCCAUUUUUACUUCACAAAACUCUUGCUUCCCGCGCUCCUGGCAGUAUCACAAAAUACUUCUGGCACUGAGACCCGGAUCGUCAAUGCGGCUUCGUUUGCUUCCGAGGUGAAUGACAAACUCAACUAUGACACUUUCAAGGACGGACCUAUUCGACGGAGACUUGGAGUAGUGUCCAUGUAUUAUCAGAGCAAAUUUGCUAAUCUGUUGUACUCGACGGAAUUCUCCCGUCGAUAUCGCGAGGCUGGGAUAGUCUGCUCGUGCGUUAACCCCGGUAAUCUUGCGACCGAACUGCUGCGAAACCUUAAGCCGGGUGUCAAGCGCUUUCUGAUCCGUCGCAUCUUAUAUCCUGCACCAUACGGCGCGCUGACUCAACUGUAUGCUGGGACAUCGCCUGAAGGCGCCGACUUCAAUGGCAAGUACUUCAUUCCCUGGGCCCGCCUUGGGACGCCUAAUCCUGCAUCUCAAGAUGAACAGAAGGGGAAGCAGUUGUGGGACUGGCUCGAGGAUCAGGUUAAAGAUGUUUGAUGGUUGAUGAUGCUUGUGUCCAUGUGAUGAGCACACUUCACCUCGUGUAUCAGACUAUUCCUGUUGAAUGAUAGUAUGUUGUUUUACUCUAUGGAAAUGGUGAUAAUCAUGCACAAC